AUGUCAAAACUCCGCGUCCUUGUUAGCGGUGCCUCCGUGGCUGGCCCGGCACUUGCCUACUGGCUCGUUCGCGCAGGAUGCAAAGUGACAGUCGUCGAACGUGCACCGAUCCUUCGAACUAACGGUCAAGGGGUUGACGUCCGCGAUACCGCUCGAGACGUGAUUAAGCGCAUGGGCAUCUUCGACCGCAUUCGGGACAAAAGCUCACACGAGGAAGGCCUCAAGAUCGUUGACAGCAACGACCGCUGCCUUUCGCGCUUUGGUGUUGACGAAUCCGGCAAGGGCGACAGUUUAACCUCCGACGUUGAGAUUCUCAGAGGAGAGCUGGCAGGGAUUCUCUUCGAUGUCACAAAGGACGACGUCUCCUACAUCUUCGGCGACAUGGUCGAGAGCCUGGAAGAAACCGAGAAGGAAGUUGGCGUAAACUUUGCCAACGGCACACCGACCACGGCUUUCGACUUGGUAGUCGCUGCGGAUGGCCUUGGCUCGAAGAUCCGUGGUAUAGCUUUUGGAAAUGGCCACUCUCAUAUCAGAUCUCUGGACUCUUACACGUCGUACUUCUCCAUUCCACCCGGUGAUACAGACACGAUGUGGUCGAGAGUUCACUGGGUCAAGGGGGGUCGGUGCAUGUUGCUGCGACCAGACAACGUGGGCCGGACCAGGGCUUUCCUGUCUCUUACAGCCUACGACAAGUCAGACGAAAGACUUGUUCGAUUUGAAAAGGCUUCGAAAGAGGGCAUUCCAGCGCAAAAGCUUCUGGUCCAAGAGCUUUUCCAAGACGCCGACUGGGAAAUUUCUCGGAUAUUGAAGGGUAUGCAAGAGUCUGAGGACUUUUACAUGCAACAUGUCGCACAGGUCCGACUGAAUCGCUGGUCGAGCGGUCGUGUGACUGUGGUCGGUGACGCGGGUUAUGCUCCUUCACCAUUUACUGGCAUGGGCACAUCGAUUGCUUUCAUCGGCGCAUACGUUCUUGCCGGCGAGAUAUCUCGACAGCCGAACGACAUUCCCGCCGCGCUGGAGUCCUACGAGCGUGUCCUGCGCCCGUACGUUGAGAGCGUCCAGAAGCUGCCUCCUGGCAUACCAUGGAUCGUCAACCCUCAAUCGGCGCUGGGCAUCAGAGUGUUUGAAACCGUCAUUAGGGGUGUAGGGUUGCUGUCGGCGACGGGGCUAGCCACCUUGUUCUCGAAACUCGCAGCGUACCUGCCAAUCGGUGGGGACUCGUUCAAGUUGCCAGACUACGAGGCGUUCAGGCAGUAA